GUUCUGAAAGACACUAGGAAUUCUAGUACCUCUUGCAGCGCUGCAGCGCUGCGCUGCGCGGCCUCCCCACUGCCGAUCGAUGCCAGGCUGCCACUGACCUCCCAGUACUAAACACCCGCAAAGGAAGGGAGCGCGUCGCGCGUGCAACCACUGGGGCAGCCACAUCAUCUUCCAAUCAUGGUAGAAGCAUUGACAUCAUGGGCAGCACCCGAGGACGAAGCGGGGGCGAGCUUCGCACGGCACCUAGAAGGCGUUUGCGCGCUCGGCCUCGGGAAGGACAUGGAGAUAGAAGAACUCACCCAAAAAGUGAAAGCGCUAGAAGCACUCGCUGCGGCCGAGGAGAAGAUUGGAAUCGACCUCCGGGCGAGGACGCGGAAAUGCGGGAAGAUGAUCCUGGCGACCGGCGAGGUCGUCGCGCUCCCGAGGCGCGCGGGCGAAGCUGUCGGCUUGGCGGAACGCGUAUCGGAUUGGCGGGCCAAGCUGGAGUCAGGAAAGAUGGGCGUCCUGAUUCUGCAGCAGGCGAUGCUGCGCGACCUCUUCAGGCAGUGCCCGGACGAGGGAGAGGCGAUCAAAGGCGCCAUAAGGCGCUACGAGGAAGACCUGAGAGGCCGGUUCGGUCCCAUCUUGGUGGAUCAGGUGGAAGACAUCGCCGAAAGCUUGAGGGACGUGGACGCGAGGGAGCGCUUGGGCGUCUUCGGGGAAAAGUGGAACGCAGUUGUCGGGACGGCCGCGUCCGAUCGGUUGAAAUUCAUGUGGGCCCUUCGCGGCGGCGAGGAGCUCCCGGAAGAUUUUGAUGCGCCGCUGAUGCAGCCCGAGUCGCUACCGGAAGAUUUUGACGAACUGUACGAAGCGGCGACGCGCGAGGCGCCGGCGCUCCUGCAGGCGAUGCGGACUCUCGUGCAAGGCGCCGGGGGAAAGCUGUCGAUCGCGCCGCGCCUUCAUGAACCCUUCUCGCUCAAGGAUCCGGACUUGACAAGCUCGAAGUCGUUCAUAAAGACCCAGGACGGGGGCGUCUCCCAAUCUAUGAAGAGCCGGUCGCGCGCACGUUCCGAGUGCAACGGCGCACCGCGCCUCCUGCUCGACCUCGUGAGCGGCCGCGGCGAAAUCGACCAAGCCGCGGGCGCGGACAGCCUCGGGGCGAAGGCCUUUGAACGCGCGGGCCUCCAGCUCGCGCGCGUGCAGCUCGCCGGGACGUUCCUCGAGAUCGUCGUGAGUCGACGGGACGGACCCGGCAUACUGGGGACGCUGGAGCUGACGACGGGCGGCCUCACGAAGGCGUACCGGGCGAAACGCAAGUACGCCGCCGAGUACCGGAAGGAGAAGGACGAGGCUGAGUACAAGGACCAGCAGAGCCUCGACAAAGACGAUUUGUACAACCCCGACGCCAAGAAGCGGAUCGUCGGCAUCCAGCACGACGUCGCGGAGAUCAUGGCGGGCUGCACGCGCGGGACCUACGCGGCCGACGAGCGCGAGAUGCGGGUCGAGGCGAAGCUUAUUAGGUCCAAGGACGGAGGCGGUUUGUCCGACAAAUUGCGCAAGGGCGAUCAGGUCGAGGCGCGCUACCACGGCCGCGAGAAGUACUAUAAAGGCACCAUUUCCCGAGACCACGGCGACGGCACCUACGACAUCGACUACGCGGCCGACGCGGCGAAGAUCCGGGUGGACGCGGCGAAGAUCCGGGUGGACGAGCUCCUCGCGGCGGCCAUCAAGGAAAUAAGCCAGGAAAAUGAGCGGAUCGAGUCGCUGACGCAGGCGCGGCGAAGUUACUACAGCGCUGCGUCGGCGCGCUGGGAGCUGCUCCGACGGAUCGAGUUCCGGACGACGCAGAGGGCCGUGCAGCCGCUCGGCUGGGGCGGCCGGUCGUCGGAAGCCGCGACGUUUCUGGGCGAUCGACGCACGCGCUACUUGCGCCUGGCCCGGGACCACGCGCGGGAAUUGAUGGCGUACUUCCGCUCGACGCUGGAGGACCUCGUCGAGAGGGUCAACGACUGCGAGACCGUCGAGGGGUUGCGUAUCAAUUGGAAGAAGUUGGAGGAGAGCUCGCACCGCAUGGACUUCGACCAGCGGCGGUUGCUGGCCGGCGAGACGUCGAGGCUCGAGAAGGCGCGGCUCCGCUUCAUCUGCGGCCCGCUCAAAUCCCUCGCGCGCGGCGCGGUCAAGGCCGAGGAAUACGAGGAUGAGAUUCACGACUCAAAGAAGGCGCACGUGGGCGAGGAUGGCCGCCGACUCUUGGGAUGUGAUUAUGUGCUAGACUGGCUGCGCGGCACCGUGGUGAGCGAGGACCCGUACAAUCUAUAUGUGUUCUACCUGUUGCUGCGGUCGGAGGAGGACCGCGGCAUCGGCGCGCGUUUCCACAUCCAGCGGGUCAAGAAUAAGUUCUUCGACGAACGGUACCCGAACCUUAUCCGGACGAACGCGUUGAUCAACCUGCUGCUGCUCUAUCCGGCCGACGCGAAGGCCUUCAAGAAAUCGGGCAUACGGGGCAAGUGGGAUGCGAAGUUCGCGGGCAAGCCCUGCGCGAGCGUCGAGGUCCAGCUCACGCUCAACGACUACCUGACGAUCAAGAAUCUCAUGCACACGUAUUACGACGUGAUGCGUGCGGAGGACCCGCGCUCGUUCCUCAUCGAGAACCCCAUAUUCGUGGACGCGGACACGCUCGCGCCGGCCGAGGACGAAAAAGACAUCGCGGCCGCCUCGGCGCGCGUCGAGCGCCUCGAGCUGGAGCUGGCCGCCGCGCGCGAGCACGAGAAAGGGCUCGUGGAAGCGCGCAUGGCGGAGCUCGAGCGGAUGAUCGCGGGCGCGUCGGCUGAUCAGCUGCCGAGAGGGAGCGGGCGAGCGGUCGCUUCCUUGCAGCGAAGCAAAACCGCACCGGUCCUAAGGAAACGGGCGGCGUCCGGGGGUGCCGGCGACGUGGUCGCCGCGCCGGUCACGCCCCCGCAGGAGGGCGCGUCGUCGCCGGAGCGCGUGGCCACGCCCCGGACACACGUGCCCUCGCCGGAGCCGGAGGCCACGCCCGUACCACGGGACAACGAUUACGUGGGCGAAAUUUCCCAAAUGUCCAUAGCGCCAUACUAAGAGAGCUGUUGUGUGUCC